CUGAAUAAAACACCACCGCUUUUAACGUAUAUCAUACAGGACCGACGUCAAUGGAAGAAGGUACGAAGGCAAAAAAGACCGUUUUCAUCGGAGGUAUUGGGGACGAUGUGGACGAGAGCGUCAUCUAUGAGAGUUUCUCAACCUUUGGCGAUAUUCUUGAAGUACAGCUACCUUCGGCUGCUACAAAUCCUUCCUUGCAAGCAGAGGCGAAACAUCGGGGGUUUGCAUUUGUCACAUAUUCAUCCCCAGCCGAUGCCCAGGACGCUAUUGACAACAUGGAUCUCAACGAGCUAAGAGGACGUGUACUCAAAGUCAACCUAGCAAGACCCAUGAAGGGGCCUGUACAACCCGGUGGUGGCAGUAGAGCUAUCUGGGAGUCCGAGGAGUGGCUUCAACAGUAUGCGAAACCACUGGCCCAAAGUGGAGGUGCCCAAGGAAGGCCCGUUCCAGAAAACGGCUCGCAAAAUCCCGAUGACGAUGCAGCAAAUGAUGAUGCAGCUAUGGAGGAGUAGACUAGAGUAUGCAACUAUGACAAGUCUAGUUGCAGGUAAAAUCACGACAUUAAAGUAAUCUGUGCCAGUUAGGUCUGUAUCAUCUCAUCCAUUGAUAUGAAUUCAUACAUUGUAU